CCCAGACGGUUUCCGAGCUGGCUGUCGCGCCCUGCACGUCCCGCUGACCGCGAGGUUUUGCACCCCAGGUGCCUCCCCAAAGUGUUGAUUAAGUGGAACCCUUGGCGUUGGCCUUGAAGGCGCGGCCCUGGAAACAGCUGCAUCAGCAGCACCUGAGAGCUUUUUAGAAGCAGACUCGGGUCCCCACCCCACCCCUGCUGAACCGGCACCAGCAUCUGCGCGCGGGCCCACGGGUGCAGUGCCUGUUCCUGAGAAAUGUCUGGCAACGGGACAGAAGCCACCGUCAGCAGCAGCCCGGUGACAGCGGAAGAACCGGUACAGCAGCCGAGCGUGGUGGACCGCGUGGCCGGCAUGCCCCUCAUCAGCUCCACCUGCAACAUGGUGUCGGCGGCCUACGCCUCCACCAAGGAGAGCCACCCCCACGUCAAGACCGUCUGCGAUGCGGCCGAGAAAGGCGUGAAGACCCUCACGGCGGCCGCCAUCAGCGGGGCCCAGCCCCUCCUCUCCAAGCUGGAGCCCCAGAUCACGUCAGCCAGUGAGUACGCCCACAGGGGGCUGGACAAGCUGGAGGAGAAUCUGCCCAUCCUGCAGCAGCAGACGGAGAAGGUGCUGGCAGACACCAAGGAGCUGGUCUCGUCCAAGGUCUCGGGGGCCCGAGAAGCCAUGUCCAACACCGUGUCCAGCGCCAAGGACACAGUGGCCACCCGAGUGACGGAGGCGGUCGACGUGACCCGGGGCGCUGUGCGGACUGGUGUGGAUGCCACCAAGUCUGUGGUGGCCAGUGGCGUCCAGUCGGUCAUGGGCUCCCGGGUGGGCCAGGUGGUGCUGAGCGGGGUGGACACGAUGCUGGGCAAGUCUGAGGAAUGGAUGGACAACCACCUGCCCAUGACGGACGCUGAGCUCGCCCGCCUCGCCACGUCCCUGGAGGGCUUCGACAUCGCGUCGGUGCAGCAGCAGCGGCAGGAGCAGAGCUACUUCGUGCGUCUGGGCUCCCUCUCGGAGCGGCUGCGCCAGCGGGCCUACGCUCACUCUCUGGGCAAACUGCAGCUGACCCGGCAGCGGGCCCAGGAGGCCCUGCUCCAGCUGGCACAGGCACUCAGCCUGAUGGAAACCGUCAAGCACGGAGUCGAUCAGAAGCUGGUGGACAGUCGGGAGAAACUGCACCAGAUGUGGCUCAGCUGGAACCAGAAGGAGCUCCGGGGCACCGAGGAGAAUGCGGCCAAACCAGAGCAGGUGGAGUCCCAGACGCUUACCAUGUUCCGCGACAUUGCCCAGCAGCUGCAGAACACCUGUGCCUCGCUGGGGUCCAGCAUCCAGGGGCUGCCCUCCCACGUGAAGGACCAGGUUCAGCAGGCUCGCCACCAGGUGGAGGGCCUCCAGGCCACCUUUUCUGGCGUCCAUUCCUUCCAGGACCUGUCCAGCACUAUCCUGACGCAGAGCCGAGAGCAGGUGGCCAAGGCCCGAGAGGCCCUUGACCACAUGGUUGAGUACGUGGCCCAGAACACGCCCAUCAUGUGGCUGGUGGGACCCUUUGCCCCAGGAGUCGCUGAGAAGGCCCCAGAGGAGAAGAAAUAGGACGGUCAGAAGGGGGCUCGAGGGACCUAGUCUUUCCCUGAGGGGUCAGCAUGAGCGCUGGACCCUCCGCCCCCUCGCCCCGCUUGGAACGUGUUUCUUGCCUUCCUCCCGGCCCAUCUCCGCUACCACCUCGGGGAGCGCCCUCUGCCGCCUCGGAGGAAGCACUGCCUGCCUUCAUCAGUCUUUAGGGGGAGGUCUCCAGAAACAGAUUUUUUUCUAGGAGGCCCCCAGGCCCCCUCCAAAUUUUUUCUUCUUAGAAACAAAGGCUAGGUUUCUUACAUCCCACCUGUGCUACAUCAAGGCCCCUGGAUAUCCGCCUUCAGCUAACGGACUUGGACUUCUGGCUUGCGAAGUGGCCCUUCUGGGGUGUGGGGUGGAGGCAGAACCGCUGAGACCCGUUCCGGAGCGGGGGGUGGGGCCCUGGGGCCUGCCCGGCCGCUCGCCGGUGCCUGGAGUGUCACCGUUGCCUUAAUAAAUCUCACCUGCAGCUGAGUA